CACUGCCCAUUUCUCAGCACUUCUACUAUACAAAACUGUGCACCUUCUUGCUCCUGAUAAAUAACAACAAUACCGCAAGAAUGGACAUUCCCCAUCUCCCAAUACCCGCCUUGCAUCCAGGACUUCAGCUGUGAAGACGCGCUCUUAAUUUUUGAGCGACAAGCAGCGCCACCUCGCGUUCCAACUGUCUCGUUACAUCCUACUGAUGAGGCUGAACUUAGCACUGCGCAGGCGCACUGAUUUUUGUGCCGCAUGGUACUAAGAGCCAGAGAAGUCUAUUGCUGCAAGUGAGAUGCGACAUUUUCAGCGCGUCCUGCGUGCACGGUAAGCUAUGGCUGAACAAAGUGUAAAUGCAAGUAAAACAUCUCAUAAACAACUAUCCAACUCAGACUACAGAUGGGAAUAUGAGUAUUAUGAUUAUGCACCAGUUUCUUUUGAAGGACUGAAGGCUCACAAGUAUUCAAUUGUGAUUGGAUUCUGGGUUGGCCUGGCUGUCUUUGUUAUUUUUAUGUUUUUUGUUUUGACUUUGUUGACCAAAACGGGAGCUCCACACCAAGAAAAUGUGGAUCUGUCAGAAAAAAGAUUCCAAAGCAACAGAUUUGGAGCAGACUUUGGUAGAACAUUAGAAGCUGAUAGAAUCUUCUUCCAUCAAGAAGUAGGAGGAGCUAUGUCACUCUUUCAUAGCUUCAUAAAUGAAGCUGAUCAGUCAGACAGAGCAAAGUCAACUAACAGAUCAGUAGACAAUGGUAUUGUUAUUCACCAACAUUUUAGAAAAUCAACACUUGAGGAAGAUUCAAAUGUUCUAGAAAGAUGUAACCUCCCAAACUUCGUGAGCUCAGACCAUAACUCAUCUUUAGCUGAGGAGGAGCUCCUGAUUUACGACCCACCAAGUGUUUUAGAAAAUGAACCAGCUUGUAGAAACUAGCCUGACCCUAUCAACCGAUCACUCACCUGGGGGAGAUAAUCAAAAAUGGUCUAAAUCAACAAAUACAAAUAGCAACCAAUCACAGUUCAACUUUUUUUUCAAGAGCAGUCUACAAAAGGAAAGCAACCAAUCACAGCCCAGUUUUUGAUUAUCUACCCUAUUGUUCCAGAAUCUGAAUGGCAGUAUUUGUUUAACAUUGGGAAAAUAGAGAAAGGCGUCAA